AUGAAUCCACAGGCAGUUUGGGGAUGCCUUUGCCUGCUUGGCUUUUCCCUCCUGAGAGCAGCAAAAGGGAAUUUGCAGCUGCUUUCUUUCCAGCCUAGGACCCUGUAUCAGUACCGGUACACCCUGGAUGUUCAGCUGCACCACACGUCCACACCAUGGCCAUGGGGAGCCCGACUGCAGGCUGAGGCACUGAUCCAUCUGCACCGGCUCUGGAGGGACCGAGGCGGAGAAGAGCUGCUCCAGGUGCAGGUCCAUGACCUGAAGGCCCAACACCAGCCAGAAGAGGAGGAGAGCCAGGACAGGACUGGAGGUUCCCCUGUAGAGAUUGCACUGAGCCCAGAGGCACAGGCAGAGCUCCAGCAGCCAGUGUUCAUCUCCUGGAACAGUGGAAAGGUCAGAGCUUUCUAUGGGAAUGAAGCCGAAAACAUCCUGAUCUCCAACCUGAAACGAGGCAUCAUCAGUCUCUUCCAGCUUCAGCCCCAUGCCGGCACCACCGUGGAGGAAGAUGCCUCUGGAAGCUGCCAAGUCACCUACACCGUGUCCAACCAUUCCAUCACCAAGAUCAAAGAUCUUCUCAGCUGCUCAGAGCCAAAGUCUGGAUUCACCUCCAUAAACAAAAUUUUUGGAGUCGAGUGGCAGCCCUCCAGCAGAAGCCAGUAUGUGGUGAAAGACAGCCUGCUCCAGUCAGUACUGGCAGAGGAAAGCCACACGGUGGCUCCAGCCCUGAGAUCCCGCUCCGGCAUCAAAAUCACUUCAAGGCAGCAGCUCCAGCUGGUGUCUUCUGCAAUGCCUGGGCUGGCAGAGGUGUCUGGAGAAAGCCUUAAGGAUGUGCUGGCUGGUACAGAAGCACGGUCCCAGCCCCUGGGCAUGGCCAGCCUGUUCUUCAGGAGGGUCUGCACCCACUGCCCAUCGCUGAGAGCCUUCCUGAAGGCUUUUGACAGGCAGAGAGUCAAAACAGACACCUCGAAGGUGGCGACGACCUGGCAGUUCCAGAGGUUCAUCCAGAUGCUGCGCAGCGCCAAGAAGAGGGAUGUCCUGCAGCUGCUGAGGAGAGCGCCCGAGGAGACACGCCCCUUCCUAGUGGAGGUAGCAGUGGCCACACAGUCUGUGGCUUCCUUGGCAGCGCUCUCAGACUUCCUAGAUUUCAGCAAGGAGUCCAAGCCCCUCCUAGAGAAGUUUCUCUACACAGCAGCUCUCUCUCUCCAGCCUUCAGGAGAGCUUCUCCACCUCGUCUUAGACAAGCUGGAUGGGAAGCAGCUGGCACCUGAGACCUGGGAGACAGGGAUAAUUGCUGUGGGCUCUCUGGUGGGCAAGCUGUGCCAGCAGAAACUUUGUGGGCUGCAGGUGGUGGAGCGUGGGGUGGAAACCAUCCUCAGGGGGCUCAGAGGUGCCGAGGAGGAGUCUGAGGUGGUCAUUUACCUGCUGGCCCUGGGGAACGCCAUGCUCCCUGAGACCAUCCCAACCCUCCUGGAGCACACAGAGGAUGGUCCCACGGCUGUCACAGCCGCGGCUACCUCCGCCCUGCAGCGAUUUCCUGCUCCCCACAUCUGCAGCAAGGUGAAGCGAGCGAUGAGGAGGGUUUUCCACCAGAAGAGGAAGAGUUAUGACAAAACCUGUCGCCUGGCCGCUGCAGAAAUCCUCCUGGAUAACCACCCCUUGCCCAUGGAUGUCAUCAAUAUCCUGCUGGCCACCAAUGAGAUGGAGACAGAGAUGGCCACGUUCCUGCUGCUGAAAAUCCAGAACAGCCUUCGUGACCAUCACCACCUGGCAAAGAAGAUAAUGAAAGACAUCAUGGGAGACCCACGGAUAAAUAAUUACAACUUCUUCUCUAAAGUUGGCAUCUCCUCUUCUUUCUCAGGACCUAUGACAGUCACCCAGGACCUGACUUCCACUUUCGGGCUGGACCUGCUGUUUUUGGAGGGUGGAUUCCUGAGGAAGAGCGUCUCAGACUUCUCCCUGCUUAGCCAUGGCCAGCGGCUUCGUGCAGCUCAGGUCACCUUUGAAGCACAAGGGAUGGAGUCGAUGAUGGGAGAAAACCUCUCAGAAGGGGAAGAGGAGCCAGAGCUCAUGGCUGGGAUGUCAGCCACCUUCUUUGACGUCCAGUUGCGCCCAAUCAUCUUCUUCCGGGGGUACACGGACCUCAUGGCCAAGGUCCUGCUGAGCAGGGGAGAGCCCACCAGCAUAGUCAGAGGGAACCUACUGCUGAUGGACCAUCACCAGGUCAUUCCUCUGCAGUCUGGCCUCCAAGUGACCAUCAAACUCCAGGGCGGGCUGGGGCUGGACAUUUCAGCUGACAUGGACGUGAGCAUUUGGGAGCAGGAAGUGAAAACCAGCGUCACUGCAAGGGGAAGCCUUGCCAUGGAUUUCCAGGCAGAACUAGAUUCCCCUUUCCUCCAAGCCACCCUGAGGAGCCAGACAGAGGCAGAGACCUCGAUCCACUUCGACACCAAGCUGAGGUUUUCCAGCAGCCCCGUGCUCAUGUGCCUGCAGCUGAGAGAGGAGCAGGUCCCGUACAGAGAAGUCUUCACAGUUUCACAGUCUGCUGGGAGCCAGAGCAGCACUGCUCGGAAAGGCCGGCAUGGCACCUUGUCUGGGAGGGAAUUUGCCUUGCAUCAAACCAAUUCCAAGGUCUGCAACCUCCUGCUGACUGCAGAGAAAGAAUGA